CAUUUUCUCGAACCCAUGGCCUUUGGUUAUGACAGUGUUCGCUAAUUAACAGUAUUUGAGUGGCAGAACGAGUGGCGCACAGCAGAGAGAAGAUGAUGGCGUCUUCUUCUCAUCUAUCCGCCAUUCCCCUGCGCUCCUCUUCCUCCUCUAGACCUUCCUUAUCCCACUCUAACUCAAAGCCCGUUGUACUUCAAGUGACAUCAAAUCUUGAUGAUGAAAGCUCUACUACUGGAGAUUCAAGUACACCAUCAAAACCGCUAAAGGGAACUCGAAUCUUGAUCUCUCGUCGAUGGUGCCUCACAUGUUUGUGUUCGUCUCCGACAUUGAUAAAGGAUUAUGGGGGCACAAUGGCUGAAGCUAUUGCAAAUACCAUGGAUGGAAAACCUGCGUGCAGAAACUGUGGAGGAAGUGGUGCCGUACUUUGUGACAUGUGCGGUGGUACAGGGAAAUGGAAAGCUCUUAACAGAAAACGGGCGAAAGAUGUCUACGAGUUCACAGAAUGUCCUAAUUGUUAUGGUAGAGGAAAACUUGUAUGUCCAGUAUGUCUAGGAACUGGUUUACCAAACAACAAAGGUCUUUUACGAAGGCCGGACGCACGAAAAUUGCUCGAUAAGAUGUUCAAUGGUCGAUUGUUACCAAAUUCUUAAACUUCAUGUCUCUAUAUGUAUUGAUGAUAGAUUUAUAAGUUACAUAAUUGCGGCUUUUGUGGCAGAAUUCAGUGAGUGUAAAAACAAAGCUCUAAGUUAUAGAUGGCUAUCUUCUUCAAUGCUGAA